GGCGUAUCCAGCGCCACGUGGCAGCGCAUGCGAACGGCAACUUCAAGUGGCACCCAGGACAUAGACCCGCGUCGAUACCCGCUAGUGCGUUAUCCUGGAGCACUACGAGACUGUCGUUUGCACCUCCUUCAAUUCCAAUAGUACCGGUACGCUCCACAGUGCACCUCUGGUCACUGCUCGAGCCAGUCGUGCGCAGCUAUGCACCCGUUGCGCAUAUUAAUUUUGACAGGAUAUUUUCUCCACGAAUAAAUUUCGACCACGGCCCAAUUGGAUUCCAGCGCGGCCAGAAGAAACGGGAGCAGCAUGCGCCACUACCGCGUCCAAGCACCGUACAUCGCGCCCGAGCAGUACGAGCGCAUUCGAACAUGCAUCCGCCGGCGCUGCGUGCAAGGGCCAUGGCGGAAGGUCUACGUGCAGCAGCUCCGCGCCAAGCAGCAAGCCAAGCUGGCAUCGUCGCCGAGCAAGGCCGCGCCGAGUAGCGACACCAUCGAGGAUGAAGCCGCCAAGCGCGAGAAGGCGGCGCGGAAGGCCGACAGCGCUCAACUGGACAAGGAUAAGGAACUCGAGGUGCUCGAAGCCAAGCUCCAGGAGCUCAUCGACCAAAAGCACGCUCAGUUCAAGCUGCUCAAGGCGAUCCUCAUGGACGAAAAGAUGUCGUCGCGCCUGCCGCCGCAGCCCUAGAUGCGCAUAUCCCGAUACACGGUGUACGAUAUUACUUGGACCAAUACUAUGAAUAGAGACCUGCAUUAUUAUGUACGA